AUGAAGGCUUCUGGCGCGAUCUUCACCUCUCUCCUAGUGCUUUCCUUGGCCUUCAAUGCUGCUGGACAUUCCAAUAAUCCAGGCCAGCUACGUCGCCGACAAGUCAUGCGAACGGCAUCUAUACUGAAUGAUCCCGCACCCCAACCAAAUCUGCCAACUACCCAAGAAGCUCAAUCAGCAGCAGCAUCUGUUGGUUUAAACUUAACUGACGUCCAGGCAGAUAUCUUGGUGGGAAUGAAGAAGAAGAAAGAACUCUUUUUCUUUUUCGGUAUUCAAAACACGACUGACUUUAAGAACAAGCUGGCGACGGAUAUCCACCCUCUCAUUACUUCUACUACCCAAAUAUUGGACGUCACAACCCAGCCUCUAACAGCAGUCAAUCUCGCUUUUUCCCAGUCAGGACUUUCUACACUAGGUAUCACCGACGAUUUAGGCGACCAGUUCUAUUCUCAGGGACAGGAAGCUGAUUCUGCUGCCAUCGGCGAUCCCGGAACUGGGAAUUGGGUGCAAUCGUUUGCAGGAACCUCUGUUCAUGGCGUUUUCUUGCUUGCAUCAGAUACUCUUGAUAAUGUCAACGAUACCCUGUCAGACCUCUUGUCAACUUUGGGCGACUCCAUCGCUGAGCUACAUCGCGUUCAAGGUGAAGCCCGCCCUGGAUCAGAGGAAGGCCACGAACAUUUCGGAUUCAUGGAUGGAAUAAGCCAGCCCGCAGUCAUAGGGUUCACACAAUCACCUCUACCAGGUCAGCUAGCUGUCGAUGCGGGGGAAAUUUUACUGGCCGAGGACGGUGAUAGUACUACUCGUCCGUCUUGGGCUAAAGAUGGCUCGUUCCUGGUCUUCCGUCAGAUGGAGCAGCUGGUUCCAGAGUUCAACAAGUUCUUGUUGGACAACCCGAUUUCUGAGCCGGGUGUUCUCACUCCCGAAGAGGGAUCUGCCUUAUUAGGCGCGCGUAUGAUUGGACGAUGGAAGAGUGGCGCUCCCGUCUAUCUUGCACCCUUGUUCGACGAUCCUACGUUGGCGUCGGAUCCCAUGCAUAACAACAACUUCACCUACCACGAUGAUGAUGCAGACUUUAACAACCAGACGCGCUGCCCGUUUGCCGCUCAUACUAGGAAGACACGCCCUCGCGGAGAUUUCACUCCGGAGGAAACAGCGCAUCACAUCAUUCGCGCUGGUAUUCCCUACGGACCCGAAGUAACUGAUGAUGAAGCAACGUCAAAUACUACCAGUGCUUCUUUGGAACGUGGUCUUGCCUUUGUCGCAUAUCAAUCUAACAUCGGUAACGGCUUCCGGUUUUUGCAACAGUUGUGGGUCAACAACGCAAACUUCCUCCUCCCCAGUACCGGUGUGGAUCCUAUUAUUGGUUCUGCAGGAACCGACCCUUCAUCAAGAAGUCGUCCAAUUACUGGUUUAGAUCCAACAGACCCUAGCCGUGCUAUCACGUUACAGAAUGAUUUCGUUGUCUCGCGGGGAGGAGAGUACUUCUUCUCGCCCUCCAUCUCUGCUAUAUUGAAUACCAUUGCCGCCUAA